UGGACGUUAGUCUGGAAAGAAGACGGUCGUGUGUUUAACUAUUUUGUUUUUGUUUUUAAAUUGCUUAAGAAAUAACUUGUGUUUGGAUACAAAGUACAAAUAAAUAUUAUUUUAUCCAGUGAAGUUUGAACAUGAAGGGAUACGUACUUGCUUUAGUCACAAUUCUGAAUCUGGGAUCUCUACACUAUGUGAACUCACGAUCUGCUGCUGACGUGAUCGUGUUCCCGGACGAAGACCGGCGCGCCACGCGCGACGUGGCCGACUCCUGCCGCGACCAGACCUUCUGCACCGUCAAACCCAAGGACUACCCUGACGACAGGUUCAAGGAACUUUUUAAGGACUACAAAGUGUUGCCGCAACCGAUUCCCGAGUUGACGAUAGACUUUGAAAAUCGUUUGAGCGAUUUCACUGAAACUGACAACUGCGCCACUGAGGUCUCGUACCAACCACUUUACCUGGUUCGUGAGAAGCGCGAGGAGCCAUGGCGGGUCGUCAUACAAGUGCCAGAAAUUAACCUGACACAGAGCGUCCGCAUGGAGAGAUGCUUGAAUCCCGGAGCGAGCUGCUUCACGGUGUUCCCGGCUCGGCGCGAGUACGUGACGCUGUGCAAACAGAACUACAUGACGUUUGAGGUGAUGGUCGCCAAGGGGAACAACCAGACCGAAGUCAUCAAAUCCCAGCUGCCCGUGUGCUGCUCAUGCUACUAUAGAUCUAUGUCCUUCGUUGAGAGAUUCGGAAUAGAAUGAACGGCACGGUGACGGGAGCAAAACAUCUAGUUCAGAUACAGUGGAAACCACUCGGUUACUUUAAACUUCGCGGUUACUGUGUUUAAACUUCGCGGUUACCGUGUUUAAACUUCGCGUUUCCCGUGUCUAAACUUCGCGGUUCCCGUGUUUAAACUUCGCGGUUCCCAUGUUUAAACUUCGCGGUUCCCGUGUUUAAGCUUCACAGUUCUUGUGUUUAAACUUCGCGGUUCCUGUGUUUAAACUUUGAGGUUUCCCGUGCAUUUACUUCCUGGUUCACGUGAUUAAGUCGCGCGAUUCUCAUGUGUAUGUAAUGUAAAAAUACAAUGCAUUUCCAAGAAAUUGUGUUCGGUUAGUCCCAACGGCUUAAUAGUAAGCAUAAUAAUCUUAUAUCUUUAAACGAGCAAUUCUUGUAUAUAUAUAAUU